UUGCGGGAGGAGCGACAGCGGAGGGCGGGGUCCGGGAGCCUCUCUGCCUCCGCCUUCGCCUCCUCCUCCCCGGCGGCGUCCUGGACGCUCCCUGAGCUCCCCUCCCUUCUUAGCUCUUGCUGGAGGGCGGAGCCGGGCCCGCUCCAUUGUGGAGAGGAGGGGAGAGGUGCGCGGGAGCAGAGCCUGGGUCCUGGCGCCAGGGCGCUCGCUUCUGGCCGCGGCUGCAUCAGGCGGGCCCCGCAGCCGGGAUGCAGCGGGCGCCCGGGGCUGGCGGGCAGCGCAGCGGCUCCGGGGACAUGUGUGCUGGUCUAGACAGCCCGCGACCAUGAGCCUGACCGCCCGCGUCUCCUGCUCCAUGCUUAGCUGCUUCGGUGAGGAGGGCCCCCCCAGCCUGGAGUACAUCCAAGCCAAGGAUCUGUUCCCCCCCAAGGAACUGGUGAAGGAAGAGGAGAAUCUUCAGGUACCCUUCACAGUGCUGCAGGGUGAGGGAGUGGAAUUCCUGGGCCGGGCAGCUGAUGCCCUCAUUGCCAUCUCUAACUACCGGCUGCAUAUCAAGUUCAAAGACUCUGUCAUCAACGUGCCCCUCCGGAUGAUUGACAGUGUGGAAAGCCGUGAUAUGUUUCAGUUGCACAUUGCCUGCAAGGACUCCAAAGUGGUGAGGUGCCACUUCUCCACUUUUAAGCAGUGCCAAGAGUGGCUCUCAAGGCUCAGCCGGGCCACAGCAAGACCUGCCAAGCCCGAGGAUCUCUUUGCCUUUGCCUACCAUGCCUGGUGCCUGGGGCUAACGGAGGAGGAUCAGCAUACCCACCUGUGUCAGCCAGGAGAGCACAUCCGAUGUCGACAGGAGGCAGAGCUUGCAAGGAUGGGUUUUGACCUGCAGAAUGUCUGGAGAGUCUCGCAUAUCAACAGCAAUUACAAGUUGUGCCCUAGUUACCCCCAGAAGCUGCUGGUUCCUGUGUGGAUCACAGAUAAAGAGCUGGAGAACGUGGCUUCUUUCCGCUCUUGGAAACGCAUCCCUGUUGUGGUAUACAGACACCUGCGCAACGGGGCUGCCAUUGCCCGCUGUAGCCAGCCUGAGAUCAGCUGGUGGGGCUGGCGCAAUGCUGAUGAUGAAUACCUUGUCACGUCCAUUGCCAAAGCCUGCGCCUUAGACCCAGGGACAAGGACCAGUGGGGGCUCCCUCAGCACUGGGACUAAUGAUGCCAGUGAAGCAUGCGACACGGAUUUCGAUUCUUCUCUGACUGCUUGCUCUGGGGGAGAGAGCACAGCAGCCCCGCAAAAACUGCUGAUCCUGGAUGCACGGUCCUACACAGCAGCGGUGGCUAACCGGGCCAAGGGUGGAGGCUGUGAAUGUGAAGAAUACUAUCCGAACUGUGAGGUUGUGUUUAUGGGAAUGGCCAACAUCCAUGCCAUCCGGAAUAGCUUCCAGUACCUCCGGGCUGUGUGUAGCCAGAUGCCAGAUCCCAGCAACUGGUUGUCGGCCCUGGAGAGUACCAAAUGGCUGCAGCACUUGUCAGUGAUGCUAAAAGCUGCUGUGUUGGUAGCCAAUACAGUAGAUCGGGAAGGCCGGCCUGUACUGGUGCACUGCUCUGACGGCUGGGACCGUACGCCACAGAUUGUAGCCUUGGCCAAAAUACUACUGGAUCCAUAUUACAGGACUCUGGAGGGCUUCCAAGUGUUGGUAGAGUCUGAUUGGCUGGAUUUUGGGCACAAGUUUGGAGAUCGCUGUGGCCAUCAGGAAAAUGCAGAGGACCAAAAUGAACAGUGUCCUGUGUUCCUCCAGUGGCUUGAUUCUGUGCAUCAGCUGCUUAAGCAGUUCCCCUGCCUGUUUGAGUUCAAUGAAGCAUUUCUGGUAAAACUGGUGCAGCACACAUACUCCUGUCUCUACGGCACAUUCCUGGCCAACAACCCCUGCGAGCGAGAGAAGCGCAACAUCUAUAAACGGACAUGCUCCGUGUGGGCACUACUGCGAGCUGGCAACAAGAACUUUCAUAACUUCCUCUAUACACCUGGUUCCGACAUGGUCCUGCAUCCUGUGUGUCAUGUCCGGGCCCUGCACCUCUGGACAGCUGUUUAUCUGCCUGCAUCAUCUCCGUGCACCCUUGGGGAGGAAAAUAUGGAUCUUUACCUUUCCCCAGUGGCUCAGAGCCAGGAGUUUUCUGGUCGUUCUCUGGACAGGUUACCUAAAACCAGAUCUAUGGAUGAUCUUCUCUCUGCUUGUGAUACAAGCAGCCCCCUCACUCGUACUUCCAGUGACCCUAACCUGAAUAACCACUGUCAGGAGGUCAGAGGCAGCCUGGAACCCUGGCACAGCAGUCCUGAAGGAGCAGAGACAGUUGUAGAAUCUGGAGUCGGAAGCCCACAGCUGACUGUGGGAGACGUGGGCCUUCCUCCUCCUUUGCCCAGUAGCCAGAAAGACUACUUGAGCAAUAAACCUUUCAAGGGUCACAAAAGUUGUUCUCUUAGUUAUAAGUUGCUUAAUACUUCUGUGUCCUGGGAAAUGAAGAACAACACCUCUGAGAUCAAAGUCCUAGAAGAAACUGAAGCACUGUCUCUGGACCCUCCAGCCCAAGAGGAGCAGGGUAGGACUUCUAAUGGCUUAGGGAAGCCACCUGAACAGUUUCCAGAGAAGGAAGCUGUCAGCUUGCUCUCCAGUGUCUCCAGCAAGUGUGGUGAAGCCUAUGAUUUCCCUGAGCCUCCCCAGGAUCCCAUUCCAGGUACUCCCCAACAGCCUCAUCUAGACUCCAUGCAGGCAGUGCCCACAAGAUGUACUCCAGAUCACAGUCAGGGCAGCCUUUGCCACCCACCAAAUGUGGCCAGCCAAACUCCUCCAGAGCCAAAUACUGACCUUCUCAGCCAAGAUCCCCCUGGGUCUACGGGAAGUAUCUCCCACCAGGAACAACCUAGCUCUGUGCCGGAUCUGAUCUACAAGAAGGAAGAUGCUGGCAAGAGAGGAAGUAAGAAUGGGCAGUUGUUGGAAAAUCCUCGCUUUGGGAAAAUGCCAUUGGAGUUGGCCCGAAAGCCAAUUUCUCAGAGCCAGAUCAGUGAGUUCUCAUUUUUAGGGUCAAACUGGGACAGCUUCCAAGGGAUGAUGACUUCAUUCCCAAGUGGAGAGACCACUCCUCGGCGACUGCUUGCUUAUGGCUGUUGUAGCAAGAGGCCGAGCAAUAAGCAUAUUCGAGCUGCAGGGCCCUGCUUUGGGGGCCAAUGGGCUCAGAGAGAAGGGAUGAAAUCACCCGUCUGUUCUAGUCAUUCCAAUGGACACUGUACAGGCCCAGGAGGAAAGAACAACCGGAUGUGGUUUUCCAGUCAUCCAAAGCAAGUCUCCAGCACAAAGCCUUCUCUUCUGAGCUGCCCUUCUCCAGUGCCUCCUCUCUACUUGGAUGAUGAUGGACUCCCCUUUCCCACGGAUGUGAUCCAACAUAGGCUACGGCAGAUCGAAGCAGGGUACAAGCAAGAGGUAGAACAGUUACGUCGGCAGGUUCGAGAGCUUCAGAUGAGGCUAGACAUUCGUCACUGCUGUGCCCCUCCAGCAGAACCUCCCAUGGACUAUGAGGAUGACUUUACGUGUUUGAAGGAGUCAGAUGGCAGUGACACUGAAGACUUUGGCUCUGAACACAGUGAAGACUGCCUUUCAGAAGCAAGCUGGGAACCCGUCGAUAAGAAGGAGACCGAGGUGACUCGCUGGGUUCCAGACCACAUGGCGUCACACUGCUAUAACUGUGACUGUGAAUUCUGGUUGGCCAAACGAAGACAUCAUUGCAGAAAUUGUGGGAACGUAUUUUGUGCUGGAUGCUGCCACCUUAAGCUGCCCAUUCCUGAUCAGCAACUCUAUGACCCAGUUCUCGUCUGUAACUCAUGUUACGAACACAUCCAAGUAUCUCGUGCCAGGGAACUCAUGAGCCAACAUCUGAAGAAACCCAUUGCCACGGCUUCCAGUUGAAUGCCAGAGGAGAUGAUCUGUCCAUUUUUAGCAGGUUUGAAGGGAGGAUCUGCUUCAGGUGUAGUUUGGAAGGUUCCAUGGUAUGGCUCAUGAACACAGAGCUCAAAGAUACCGUCUUGAGAAAUCCUCCUUGGUACUUUGGUACCAUGUGACCGGAGCAGAGGAAUUUGAAUUUGGCAGGAGAUUUUUCUACCGAAGAGACCCUCACUUUGGGGUAAAGGUCCUGAUCCAGACCAGAGUCUGGAAGUUUCACACUGAGUCGGUGACUCCAGCUUCUAUCUCCUGGAGGUCCCAAGAUGAUGAUUCUUAAAUACUGCCUGGUGCACAGUGCCCAAACAGCAAUAGAAAGACAUACUUAUAACCAAACUCCAAGUGUUAGUGAGACCCAUCUCUCCUCUCCUUUGAAAAGAGCAGAUCAUAGUCUACGAGAUAGGAAUUCCCAUCCUAUUUGAGCUGAACUCUCUUCUGUACCUCUGUGCUCUGUGUCUGUGCAUGAAGGCUCAGUCCUUAGAGGCACUCCCUCUAGCUGAUUAGCACUGUCUUCUGUGGAGUUUGCUUCAGAGACUGGUUUGGCAAAUUGAGAUUUGGAUGCAGUUUUCAGCUGGCUCCUUGGCUAGCAUCAGUGAACAUCCAGUUUCAGAGGGACAGUUCUGAGAUUAAGACACUUGGAAACAGAACAACUCUGGUGAUGCUUAGUCUUGUAAGGAUCAGUUAUUCUGAGCUGUGAACAGAGUUGUCACUAUUACGCAGUGGCUGCUCCCGAGGUACGCACUGUGAAGAGUGAGAAGGGAAAAGCAAGAUUAUCCUUGUGAAACUCUGCUGACUGUGCCCUGCCCUUUGCACCUGACUUUUCCUAGUUGUCCUGGUGCUAACAUGGGAGCUACACCUUGAUCCUCUCCUGGCAUGAAAAUAAAGGAUUUUGUUGUUCCACUGCC